UCCUCCAAGAAAAAAAACAACCCUCAUUUGCGCCUCCUCGUCCCACAUCUCUCCUCACAAAACCCUAAACCCUAAAAGGCAAAACCAAAGCAAAAGAGCAUAAAAAGCUCUUUGAUUUUGUUUUGCACACACACUUUUUCGAUCCAUCUAUCUACUAUUCAAUGGCCACAUCCAUGUUGCUCAGAUCUCUUCGUCGACGCGACCUGGCUUCUGCUUCUGUCUCCGCCUACAAAUGCUUGGCUGGAAAUGCUAAAUCAUCAUGGGCUACCCCUCAUUUGGGUCAGAAAUGGGCUAGUAUUGCCAGACCAUUUAGUUCAAAGCCGAUUGGGAAUGAUGUUAUUGGAAUUGACUUGGGUACUACGAACUCCUGUGUUUCAGUUAUGGAGGGCAAGAACGCAAAAGUGAUAGAGAAUUCUGAAGGUGCUCGGACCACACCUUCAGUGGUUGCCUUUAACCAGAAGGCAGAGCUCCUAGUUGGUACUCCUGCUAAACGUCAAGCUGUGACCAAUCCAACGAACACACUUUUUGGCACAAAGCGGUUGAUUGGCAGACGCUAUGAAGAUCCCCAAACACAGAAAGAAAUGAAGAUGGUCCCAUACAAGAUAACCAAGGCUCCCAAUGGAGAUGCUUGGGUUGAAAUCAAUGGGCAGCAAUAUUCUCCAAGCCAAAUUGGAGCCUUUGUUCUGACCAAGAUGAAAGAAACUGCAGAGUCUUAUCUUGGAAAGACAAUCAACAAAGCUGUGAUCACUGUGCCAGCUUAUUUUAAUGAUGCUCAGAGGCAGGCAACAAAGGAUGCUGGGCGGAUUGCAGGCCUUGAUGUGCAGAGAAUUAUUAAUGAGCCCACUGCUGCUGCACUCUCCUAUGGUUUGAAUAAUAAGGAGGGUCUUGUAGCUGUUUUUGAUCUUGGAGGAGGAACUUUUGAUGUUUCUAUCUUAGAGAUUUCUAAUGGUGUUUUUGAGGUGAAAGCAACAAAUGGUGACACCUUUUUGGGAGGAGAGGACUUUGACAAUGCCCUGUUGGAGUUCUUGGUGGGUGAAUUCAAGAGAACUGAGAGUAUCGAUCUGUCAACAGACAAGCUCGCAUUGCAGAGGCUACGUGAAGCAGCUGAGAAGGCUAAGAUAGAACUCUCGUCAACAUCCCAGACUGAGAUUAACUUACCAUUCAUCACAGCAGAUGCUUCUGGUGCAAAGCAUUUGAACAUAACACUGACCAGAUCAAAGUUUGAGGCUUUGGUGAACCACUUGAUUGAUAGGACAAAGAACCCAUGCAAGAGCUGUUUGAAGGAUGCUGGUGUAUCAAUCCAGGAAGUGGAUGAGGUUCUUCUUGUUGGAGGGAUGACACGUGUACCAAAAGUGCAGGAAGUAGUUGCACAAAUCUUUGGUAAGAGCCCUAGCAAAGGGGUAAAUCCUGAUGAAGCUGUUGCCAUGGGAGCUGCAAUCCAGGGUGGUAUCCUCCGAGGAGAUGUGAAGGAGUUGCUUCUCCUGGAUGUCACUCCUCUGUCACUUGGUAUCGAGACAUUGGGUGGUAUCUUCACCAGAUUGAUUAAUAGGAACACAACCAUUCCAACAAAGAAGAGCCAGGUGUUUUCAACCGCAGCUGACAAUCAAACUCAGGUGGGCAUAAAAGUGCUCCAAGGUGAGCGUGAAAUGGCAUCUGACAAUAAGAUGUUGGGUGAAUUUGAUCUUAUGGGCAUUCCUCCAGCUCCCAGAGGCUUGCCUCAAAUUGAAGUCACAUUUGACAUUGAUGCCAAUGGUAUCGUUACUGUUUCUGCAAAGGACAAGAGCACCGGGAAAGAACAACAGAUUACCAUCCGUUCAUCUGGAGGUCUCUCAGAAGACGAGAUCGAUAAAAUGGUUAGGGAAGCUGAGAUGCACGCUCAGAAGGAUCAAGAAAGGAAAUCUCUUAUCGAUAUUCGGAAUAAUGCAGACACCACCAUCUACAGUAUUGAGAAGAGCUUGAGUGAGUACAAGGACAAGGUCCCAAGUGAUGUUGUUACAGAGAUUGAGACUGCCGUUUCGGACUUGAGGAAAGCAUUGGGUGGUGAGAAUAUUGAAGAGAUCAAAACGAAGCUCGAUGCUGCAAACAAGGCUGUCUCAAAGAUCGGACAGCACAUGUCAGGAGGUGGUUCGGGUGGUGAUUCCUCCUCCGGAAGUUCUCAGGGUGGUGGUGACCAGGCUCCUGAGGCAGAGUAUGAGGAGGCAAAGAAAUAGGGCGGAACACGGCUGAUCGGUGAUAAAACUAGAUUUGAGAUUUUUACUCAUUUUGCUCUCCCCAUGAUAUAAAAUUCUUAGCAUUUUUGUAUUUAAACCUCGUCAAUUCUAGUCGUCGUACUAGGGUUACUUAUUGAUUUGAUACCGUCUAUUCAAAUUGAAAAACCUGAUAAUAGAUCCUUCAUCAAAAACUUCUGUAGAAGCAAUUUCACUGGUGAAAUUGGUUGUUUGACCCCCUCUAUUGGUGAAUGUUACUUCUAAUUUUUGGCCUUACACAA